AUGACAAGUGAAUUCAGAAGAGGCUUUAAACCGAGGGCCAAGCGGCAAUUCAACCCUCAAUAUUGGCAACCGUUUAUCUCUGCGUUUCUCAAAAUAGAGGAGUUCAUCACUUCGACCGACUUCAUAACCAUCGAUCAGAUUAUAGCCCGGUUGAAAGAUGAGGGUCUUUUAAGGCCAGAUGAAACCGAUAAUGAUAACAAUGAGCGCAAUCUUCAAUACGCCCGGUAUUUCGUUUUCUGCGUCCUGGGCUGGCAGACUAUGCUUUUCACACCGGCCCCCAUGGACAGCAGCAACAGCAUCCUAGUAGAAACACCACAGCUCGCAAUCGAUGAGCAGGAUGGAUGCUGCGAGUACACCCACAUGUCGCUACAACAGGAUAGUCGCAGUUGUUCCAACGAACCACUCAGCGAAUUCCUUGUGGGAUUUGGUGUCCUACUCCCUUCCAAAAGUCUGUGUCUUGACAAAGACCCCAACAUCCAGCAUGCAUUCCACAAGCAGACAGAAGUACACGCCAAAACAUUCAAUGCGUACACAUUAAGCGCCGUAGCGGGGCUUCGAAUCAAAUGGGUGGACGCGCUCGCGUGCCAUCUGGAAUUCAAUUCGACAACGAAAGAAAUCUCGCUUUUCCGGUUCCCUUCGUUCUGUCAGUCGUUGCUUCUUGAGUAUACGAAGGGUCGUCGGAGGAAUGUUAUUCAUGCUUGUGCUACGACAAGUAGUUCGAGCCCUUACUGGGCUACUGAGGAAGAGGUUAAUCAGUUGCUUGUUGAGAUUUUGCUUUCUUAUCGUCUUCUCUUUGGACAGACGAGGAAGUCGAGGGGUCUUUUCCGUUCGUCCUUGAAUCCUUUUAACAGGAAUCCCUUUGUCAAGAAGGCUGCUUCUGAUGUCAACAUCCGAGAUCCUAUAUUGUCGGCAUUAUGUGGGACAAAGGAUCCGUUUGAUAGUAUUCUCAGUGGCCUUGUGGAAAAGGAUUCAUAUCAUCUUCCCCGCGAUUUUCCUGUUCUUCGCUAUCGCAUAUCAAUAUUGCAAGGACAUCUCUCUACCACGACACCUCAGAUUCGGCUGGUUGGUUAA